ACCAAAAUCAAUGCAUUUUCACCAUGUAUUCUUCUUCUUUUUCUUCUUCUUCUUCUUCUAUUCUUCAAUUCAUAUUGACCCUUUUCAUUCUUCUUCUUCUUCUAAACUCCAUUGAAGUACAAUGCCGCAAGAAGAAACUCCGGCACGGCAAAACAAACCGCUUUUCGGUGAACAAAACAAUAGCACAAGUGAGAGAAGUGGAGUUCAAGAGAUGGGUGAAUUCUAUCAGAGGACUCCGGCACACGACUUUUAAUCGAGGCCGUGACAUGUUAUUGCCUUCCUUCUCAAUUACCGUCGACAAGAACCCGUGCAAAGGAGACUUCAAAACCAUUCAAGCAGCCAUUGAUUCACUCCCUCUCAUCAAUAUAGCUAGAGUUGUAAUCAGAGUCCAUGCUGGAACUUAUAGAGAGAAGGUGAAUAUAUCACCAUUGAGGGCUUUCAUAACAAUACAAGGGGCAGGAGCUGAUAAGACAGUGAUUCAAUGGGGAGACACUGCCCAAACUCUUGGUGCAAAUGGGAAGCCAAUGGGGACCUUCAAUUCUGCCACUUUUGCUAUCAAUGCACCUUACUUCAUAGCAAAGAACAUCACUUUCAAGAACACAAACUCAAUUCCAAAACCCGGCGAAAAGGGAUUACAAGCAGUGGCACUGAGGAUCUCAGGAGAUAGAGCAGCUUUUGUAGGAUGUAAGUUCUUAGGAGCACAAGACACACUGUAUGAUCAUGUUGGCAAACAUUACUACAAAGAUUGCUACAUUGAAGGCUCUGUUGAUUUCAUCUUUGGCAAUGCACUCUCUCUUUUUGAGGGGUGUCAUGUGCAUGCAAUUGCAGAAAAAUAUGGUGCAUUGACAGCACAAAACAGAAUGAGUUUUUUGGAGAACACAGGGUUCUCAUUUUUGAGAUGCAGAGUGACUGGUUCAGGUGUCCUUUAUUUGGGCAGGGCUUGGGGAUAUUUCUCAAGAGUUGUCUUUGCUUAUACUUAUAUGGACAACAUUAUAAUCCCAAGAGGAUGGAAUAAUUGGGGUGAUCCUCAAAGGCAAAUGGCAGUGUUCUAUGGACAAUAUAAAUGCACAGGGGCAGGAGCAAAUCAUGGUGGGAGAGUUUCAUGGUCUAGGGAGCUCACUGAUGAGGAAGCAAAGCCCUUCAUUUCCCUUAACUUCAUUGAUGGUUUAGAUUGGAUCAAACUAUAGUUUCUUACUUUGUUUUUUAAAUUAAACUCCUAAUUAUAAUUUUUACAUUUUACUUCUUUUUUUUAGUUGUGCACUAGCUCUUUGGUUUGACUUUUAAU